AUGCCGAGCAUAUUUUCCUACCAGAGCGCCGAAGUCGACUGGUGUGAAGGCAACUUUGAGCGCUCGACGGUCAUCGCAGAGUACUACAACACUAUCAGCAAUGUGAGCUUCUUUGCCCUUUCUCCGGCCCUGCUCUACCUGAACCGGCAGUACCGUCAGCAGCGUGCCUUGCCCAUGUACAUCGUCUCUGGCCUGCUCCUCUGCGUAGGUGUCUUCUCCACGUACUUUCACAUGACCCUGAGCUACGUGGGACAACUCUUGGACGAGCUCUCCAUCCUCUGGACGCUGGCUGUGGCAUAUUCCUUUUGGUACCCAAGGAUUUACUUCCCCAGGUGCAUCAAGAGCAGGAAGCAAUUCUUCUGGCUGAGUGGUGUCACCACCGUCAUCAGUACCUUGAUGUCCUUCAUCAAACCGGCCUUCAAUGCCUACGUGCUCAACUGCAUCGCCUUCCACCUGCUGUACCUGACAUGGCGCGAGCUGAAAAAGUGCAAUGACAAGAGGGUUCACCGGAUGGCCGCAGUCAUGGUCCUGUGGUGGGUGCUGGCCAUCAGCAGCUGGAUAAGCGACAGGUGGCUCUGUGGGCUCUGGCAGGCCAUCAACUUCCCCUACUUCCACAGCUUCUGGCAUGUGCUGAUAGCCAUGUCCCUCCUCUACUGCUGCCCACUGGUCAUCUACUUCGACGUCCACUACGAGAUGCCAUCCUUCAAGCCAAAGCUGGAAUAUUGGCCCAGCGACUCCUGGCCUGUCGUGGUGCCCUACGUUGCCCUGGAGGAGCCCCACAAACAGUGCUAG